GCCACGUUUACCUGCGAGGUGAAGAGGGCCGAUGACCGCACUAAGGCAUCUCGCGCGUCCCGCUCCAGCGAAGGGACCACCAGCAGGACCGCCACGGAGGACAUGGUCCAGAGCUUCGCCGGCGCUCGCGACGUGGUGAUGCAGACCGCGAAGAGAAGGCGAUUGGCGACCGCCUCCUACUCCUCUGCCCACGCCGCCGCCUCCUCCUCGGCCACCGCCGCCUCCUCCUCUGCCCGCGCCACCGCCGCCUCCUCCUCUGCCCGCGCCACCGCCUCCUCUGCCUCCGCCGGCCCCUCCUCGUCCUCGGCGGCUACUUGAAGGCGGAGAUCAGCAAGAUGGCUGCCGAGAGCGCCCGCGUCAACUUCGAGAGGACCAAGGCAGACGCAGCGCUCCAGCAGGCGAGCUCAUCUGCGACCGGCAACGCCCGCCGCGAGGAAGAGGACGACAACGAUCACGCCGACGUCGCGGGCAUGGGCGUCCAGGGGAGCGGGCGUGGCGGGAGGAGGGGCCCAAAGAGGUGGGAGGCGGAGAACGUGGCGCUUCCCGGCGAAGCGGACCACACCUUGGGAAAGCGCGCGUACACAGAGCGGGGGUGCGAGACCAAGGAGGAGGAGGAGGAGUACCACCGGGUGUACAUGAAGGAGAUGAAGAGGCUCAAGGGGAAGAAGAGCAAAAACAAGGCCUAUCAGGAUAUGUCGGAGGCCGAGCGCGCAAAGGUGCGGGAGCGCUCGCGGUUCGACUAUUGCCAAAAGAAGGCCAGGGACUCGGCGGAGAGAGAGGCGGCGGAGGCGAAGGCUGCCAGGGUGGUGAUGGUACGGAAGAGGAGAUGAAGGAAGCACAGCAGUACAACGUCUUCUACUAUGCUAUAAGGAGACGGUACAGCAUACAAUGAAAGCAGGCUAGUAAUCACUA